AUGGAGGACGCGAAAUACACCGCGAUUCCCCUCUCGUGGCGCGAAAGUUCCGGAGAGCUUCGCGUGCAUGAGUCCGCUGACGACAUCUCGCGAGGCCUGGCUGACGUCAUCGUGAGAGCUUCCGAGGCAGCCAUAGCAGCGCAUGGCUCUUUCAGCAUCGCCAUCUCAGGGGGAUCUGUCGUUAAAUGCCUGGGCCAGCUGGCGCAUCCAGAUAUUGCGGCGCGCUGUGAUUGGUCCAGGUGGCAUGUGUUCUGGGUGGACGAGCGGGCCGUGCCUCUGACUCACCCCGACAGCAACUACCUGCUGGCGCACACGCACUGGCUCUCAAAGGUGCCCAUUCCAUCCGCCCACAUCCACACUCUCGACGACUCUCUCCCAGUGGAAGCAGCAGCAGAGGCGUAUGAGCGCGAGAUGGCGCGGUGUGUUGAGGCUGGGGUUCUGCCGAUGCACCCAGUGGAAGCAGCAGCAGCAGAGGCGUAUGAGCUUGAGCUGAGGCAGUGCGUGGAGGCUGGGGUUCUUCUGAUACACCCAGGUAGGGUGGCUCAUCCUGCUAGCCCUGCUAGGCAUGCUCUUUCCGUCACCCUCAGUUGA